AUGGCACGUAGUCUCCAGCGACUUACAAUUCGAUACGAGGAAGGGACUCGUCUACCACUGAAUUCUAUCCUCGAAGAGCUCGAGAAGAAGAACCUUCCCAAUAUGCGCUCUGUGAUAUGCCAGAUACCCGACAAUAUCUGCGAAGGUACUACCAGCUCGGAGAUAUGCGUCGAGGCCGAGGCUUUCAAACCAAAUUCCAAAGAGUUAGGGGUGGAGCUAUCAACAGAACUCGUUCCAUACCCUCUCACCAUGCCGAAAUACGAUACCUGCCCGUGUGAAAACUUAACGUUCUUCCAUCAAUUCCCCUCCCAUCCCCGUGUCAAAUCUCGCCCACCAAACGAACAUACUACCAAUACAACCGAUGCGGGUCACAGCAACCCUCAUCCCGCUGGUGUGAUUUCCUUCGAUGACUAUGACCCAUAUUAUGAUGACCCAUACGAGGGUAACCAUCCUUCCUUGUAUGACAUGAGCCCACCUACUCCUCCCCGAAUGCCUACCUUUACGGAUUACGAUGACUAUUGUGAUUGGGCGUACGAUUGUUGA